UAAAUAACUGCCUCCUACGAAUAACGAAUAACUCCUAUUGAGCUAUAUUUGUUAAUCUCUACCUACCCUUGCAGCUAUAUCAUUUCAUUUUAACGAGCUUCCGUGAUCAAACUGAUCACUCAUAUUGAAGCGGAUUCACCGAUCCGCCAAGAAGUCUCUUGCUACAUUAUAUCACGAGCCACCAUGGCAGUCUCCCGAGAGAACCAGGUUAAGGCCGCCACAGAAGGAGCCGCCACCUUCGUCGACUGGUACUACCGCACCCUCCAGGAGGGCAACCCGAUCGGUCCAUUCUACGUGACCAACAACGCAAAGUACGCCGCCGCCAGCGCGGCCUCGGACAUCAGCAUCAACGGCGCCGUCCUGGCCGGCGGCCCGGCCGAGUACGAGAAGCUGCUCGAGCAGCAGCGCACCACCCCCGUCGGCCUCAUUCCCGCCAACAAGAUCCAGUACGACGUCGAGGGCUGGGACGUCCACGUGCUCAACCCGAGCUUCUCGCUCGCCUGCCCGGCCGAGCUCCAGGGCGCCGCGACCGGCCAGGAGUCGCUGCUGCUGCAGGUCACGGGCCACGUCUCCUAUGGGGCCGAUAAGGACGCCCCCAAGACGCCGUUCAAUGAGACCUUCGUCCUGGUGCCUAACUGGGACGCCCUACGGAGGAACGCACCCAGGAACAUGCGGAGGAAGUUGAUCCUGUCGCAGAACUUCCGCGCGCUGUGAACGGGCUGGCAUUGGAGUGGAAUUUGGAUCGCGGUGGCAUUCCCAAGGAGUCAUUCGUAUUUGUUAAGUUGGCAUGGAGUAUGGCCUGGACUUGGUCCUGGUCGAGGCAUAUUGAUUGGCAGUCAAAAGCAAGGAUGGUAUAGGCAGAUUCCAUGGCCAAGGCGUUUGGAGGGCAUAUUUUUUGCGACCGAGUUCGCCAGACACUCGAACUGAGAAUGGGCCCUGGUAUAUGAUCAAGCGAGCCUAUGAUAGAGAGCGGAAUCACAAAGCAUCUUGACUUGCAUCUCAGCCA